AUGACCGCUUAUUCAUCGUUGACAUACACACAGGCUUCAGCAGAAAACCCUCUUGGUUCACGACCCGGGAUAUUGCUGCGCAAUGGUACCGAUUCCAAGGAUCCCAUAAUCGCAGCUGCCGGCGACGAGUCGCAAUUCGCCGCCCGAGCCUGCGCCUUAAACUCCACUACAGAUAUCUUCCUGCCGCCAUCGGAGCCCCGCGCAAGCGUCCUCGACAUGGACACCGAGACUAUGCGCCCCUCAGUAUCGAGUGAACAGGUGGCGUUUCUGUUUUCCAUUGAGGCUGGUGAGAAGCAGCAACGCAAACGUUUCGAGUGGACAAAUUGA